AUGUCUGAGGGAGAGACCCAGCCGCCGAAAGGCGCGGUGCCUGAAGCGCACGAGGUUGAUACCUUCCAUGUGCCCAAGGCCUUCCACAAGAAGCACCCGAAAAAGCCACAUUUGGACUCGCUCGAUCACUACAAGGAGAUGUACAAGGAGUCUAUUAGCGAUCCAAACAAGUUCUGGGGCAAGAUGGCUCGUGACCUCCUCACCUGGGAGCGCGACUUCCAGACUGUCCACACUGGAUCUCUGGCUGGCGGCGACAAUGCUUGGUUCCUGGAGGGCAAGCUCAAUGCUUCAUACAACUGUGUUGAUAGGCACGCCGCCAAGGACCCGAACAAGCCGGCCAUCAUCUACGAGGCUGAUGAGGUUGGCGAGGGCCGCACUAUCACAUACGGAGAGCUCCUCCGAGAAGUCUCUAAGCUGUCCUGGGUGCUCAAGGAGAUGGGUGUCAAGAAGGGUGACACUGUCGCUCUUUACAUGCCUAUGAUUCCAGAGGCACUUGUAGCAUUCCUUGCUUGCACACGUAUUGGAGCUGUCCACUCCGUGGUGUUUGCCGGCUUCUCCGCUGAUUCGCUCCGCGACCGCAUCAUUGAUGCUAAGUCCAAAGUCGUGAUCACCACCGACGAGGGUAAGCGUGGUGGCAAGGUCAUUGGCACAAAGAAGAUUGUGGACGAUGCUCUCAGGCAAUGUCCCGACGUCUCGCAUUGCUUGGUUUACAAGCGGACUGGUGCUGAGGUACCAUGGACCAAGGGCAGGGAUUUGUGGUGGUCUGAGGAGACUGAGAAGUGGCCAGCAUACUAUGCCCCCGAGAGCAUGAGUUCAGAGGACCCGCUCUUCUUGCUGUAUACUUCUGGAUCUACCGGCAAGCCAAAGGGUGUUAUGCACACCACUGCUGGCUACUUGCUCGGAGCCGCGGCUACUGGCAAAUACGUUUUCGACAUCCACGACACCGAUCGAUUCUUCUGUGGUGGCGACGUGGGCUGGAUUACCGGUCACACAUACGUUGUAUACGCACCUCUCUUGCUCGGUGUUGCCACUGUCGUAUUUGAGGGUACCCCAGCAUACCCCAACUUCAGCAGAUACUGGGAUGUUUGCGAGAAGCACGACGUCACACAGUUCUACGUUGCCCCGACUGCGCUCAGACUGCUGAAGCGUGCGGGUGACCACCAUGUCAAGGCACAGAUGAAGAACUUGCGAGUGCUGGGCUCGGUCGGUGAGCCAAUUGCAGCUGAGGUAUGGAAGUGGUACUUUGACAUUGUUGGCAAGGAGGAGGCACAUGUUAUCGAUACAUACUGGCAAACCGAGACCGGCUCACACGUGAUUACACCUCUCGGUGGUGUCACACCUACCAAGCCUGGUUCAGCUUCCCUCCCAUUCUUCGGCAUCGAGCCUGCGAUCAUUGACCCAGUGUCUGGCGAAGAAAUCCACGGUAACGAUGUUGAAGGUGUGCUUGCUUUCAAGCAAGCUUGGCCAUCGAUGGCCCGCACAGUUUGGGGUGCGCACAAGAGAUAUAUGGACACCUACCUCAACGUGUACAAGGGCUACUACUUCACUGGCGAUGGCGCGGCAAGAGAUCACGAGGGCUAUUACUGGAUCCGCGGACGUGUGGAUGAUGUUGUCAACGUGUCCGGCCACAGGCUGUCGACAGCCGAGAUCGAGGCUGCGCUCAUCGAGCAUCAUGCUGUCGGCGAAGCGGCUGUGGUUGGCAUCAACGACGAGCUUACUGGGCAAGCAGUCAAUGCUUUCGUUAGCAUUAAGGAUGGCAAUGAGAUCAACGACGCACUCCGGAAAGACCUGAUCCUGCAAGUUCGAAAGAGCAUUGGUCCUUUCGCAGCACCCAAGGCCAUCUACACUGUUCCUGACCUGCCCAAGACACGAUCUGGCAAGAUCAUGCGACGCAUCUUGCGAAAAAUCUUGGCAGGCGAGGAGGAUCAGCUUGGUGAUACUUCGACUUUGUCGGAUCCUAGCGUGGUUGACACGAUCAUCCAGACAGUGCAUGACUCGAAGAAGAAGUGA